AGACAUUAUUCUCUCGAAUGGAGUUGGAAGCGAAACGGUGAAGAAGUAAAUGGAUUGGAUAAGCAGAGGAGGAGUAGGGACGACAAGAGAUGAUGACGACACCAGGCGGAAGCGGGAGAUUUAAGCCGUUACCGACGGCGAUGUACGCCGGAUACUCAGGAACGGCGUCGUCUUGGGUAGCGAAGACAUCGGUUUCCGCGUCCGGGAAGAGGAUACAGAGAGAGAUGGCUGAGCUUAACGUGGAUCCGCCUCCCGAAUGCUCAGCUGGACCCAAAGGAGAUAAUCUCUACCAUUGGAUCGCCACCAUCAUUGGUCCCUCGGGGACUCCUUAUGAAGGAGGGAUCUUUUUUCUGGAUAUGAUUUUUCCGUCUGAUUAUCCUUUUAAACCACCAAAGGUGGUGUUCAAGACUCGGAUCUACCAUUGCAAUGUCGACACUGCGGGGAACUUAAGUGUGGAGAUUCUAAGAGACAGUUGGAGUCCGGCUCUUACAAUCACUAAAGUCUUGCAAGCCAUCAGAACCAUCUUCUUAAAACCUGAGCCAUUCAAUCCAGCUUUACCGGUGAUCGCACGGCUCUACUUGUCGGAUAGAGAAAAGCACGAGGAGGUAGCUAAAGAAUGGACAUUGCGAUUUGCCAAGUGAACAAAGUUUGGAAUCUUUUAAUAGGAGAAAAGAAAACAGAGAGAUAUUAUUGUACGUACACCUUUAUUUGAUGAAUGAUCAAUCAAUGCAUCCACCAAAGUGGAACAACAGUGUUAGAUGACCAAGAAAUAUUGUUUGCUCUGAGAAUAGGCAAACCAUACGAGAGUGUAGGACCUAUUCUCAUCAAUAGCUCCAAUUCCAAUCUUGUGUCAAAACUUUUUCUUUGAGAACCAAAGACUAUAUAUGGUUUGAAUUUAACU